GGACACUUUCUCCCUCGAGCGAUUGCCGAAGCGCCCCCAGAACGCAGAAUCCGACUCCUCCGCCUCGACCUUCACCAUGGCCAUCAGCCCGCAAAUUUCCAACCUGGUCAUCAUCCUGGGAUUUAUGCAAAUCUCGAAAAAGAUACCGUUUGAUGACCCCAACGUGCUCAACGGCGUGCGCGCACUGUACAUUGUGUCGAACCUGAUUAUCGCGAGCAUCUACUUCUACGUGCAGGCGCAGAUCAACAAGAAGAAUGACAUGACCGUCGUCAAGUACGUCGAGCCCCCGCCCAUGGGCUCUGGUGAAGAACCCAAGUUCGUCGCCACAACGGUCAAGGCGUAUGACCUGGGCAAGCUGCGCGAGCUCUUCAAGGCCCAGAUGAUGGGCGUCGGCAUGAUGUGCGUUAUGCACUUGUACUUCAAAUACACGAACCCGCUCCUCAUCCAGUCGAUUAUCCCGCUCAAGGGCGCCCUCGAGGGCAACCUCGUCAAGGUCCAUUUGUUCGGUCAGCCCGCGACGGGUGAGCUUCAGAGGCCCUGGAAGGCUGCUGGUGGCAUGAUGGGUAUGGGCGGUGGAGAAAUCAAGACGGACAAGAAGAGCAUUGAGGCUGCUGAGCGUGCCGGCCGUGGCGGUGUCAAGGACGAGUAGGACAAGUCUCGUUUGGACCUUGGCGGAUACCUGGCCAGAAUACGUCUUUUUUUUUCUCUUCUUAUCCAGGGUGUCGUUUUCAUCCUGUGCUGUUGGAGGAUUAUUAGGCGGACGAGGUUAAUUCAGCUGGGCCAUUUGUAUAGCACGGAUAUGAUUCAUGGCAUGAGGUCAUGACCCUAAUCGGAUUUGUUCACUCAACUU